AAAUAAACCGACGACGACGACAAAAGUCGAAAAGCGAGCAGAAAAUAGCGCGAUUGCGAAUCAAUGUGUGCGGGGCGUGCGUGCGUGUAAGUGUGUGCGUGUGUGUAUGUGUGUGGCGCGUGCGUACGUUCGAUACAGUUGUGCAGGACAAACAACAAUGAAGCAAUAAAGGGGGGAAAUUAAUUUACCAGAAUAGAACCCUUUUCGCAUCGAUUAGCAUUCGAAUGAAAGCGAAACGCGCCUCGCACACAUCAACAGGUGCCUGAAACGGAACAGUGAGAAAGCACUCCAAGCCGAUCCAAGUAGUAGCCCCGCGAACGUGAUUUACACACACGGGUUUGAAAUUUGUACUAACUGUCAUUUUAAUUUGACAGUUGGCAUUGGACUGGGUUCGCGUGUGUGUGUAUGUGUGGCAUACGCAGUGCCAUCGGUCGAUGACAGUUGGUUCGUCCUCGGGCAGUGGAGUCCUUUCUCGCACGCUCCUUACACACGCACACCUCACCACCACCACCCCUCACCCGGUGCUCACGCUUCCCGUGAGGUCAGCGGACACACAUUUUGAACGCGUGCGCACCCCGUCGACACCCGCUCGCACUAUCUCGCUCUGACCUGGUAGAAUUUUUCAACCCCCUCUCAAUAAGGGCCGUCAACAUCUAGCGGCCAACAAACCAGCCAGCCAGCAUCAUCGGCCAUCGCGCUUUUUCUCGUCGUCGGUUAUUGAUUAGUGUCCGUGAGCAAGGCUUCUCGUUUGCCUGAGGUGUUAAAGAAUCCCGUCGGCGUUCUUUUUCUCCGUUGGCCAUAUCUUUUUUGCUGUCAACGCAAAGAGGUAGUAAUCGAAAAGUGCUUCGAGAUAACACAGCAAUCCCAAGUGUGGUGUGGAAGUGAAAAUUGGUGUGAAAAUUUGGCAAUACGAAAAUCAGGAAAAAGAGCAUUGAAUAAGUGAAGUUGCAAUACGCAACGAGUGCGAACGAAAAAACGUAGAAUUCUGAUCCCGAGUCUUCAGUAGAAACCACCAGCCAACAUCCGACAAACCGCGUGACAGCGUGUGUUCGUCUCUAUAGCAGUUUCCCCCGUGACACCCGCGAACCCAGAAAAGGCGUCAAAAUUACGCAGAACACGCAGAAAAUGUCCUCGCUGGUGUUGAGGAGCCUCUCGAUACUGCUCGGGCUGUUCUUCAUAUUUAUCGGCAUCAUGAAGAUUUCGCCACACCUCAGCAAGGACCUGCAUCGAGAUUUGCGCAAGAACUACGUCAAGUAUGCGAAAGUGUUUCCCCUCUCGACACUGCUGGAGUUCAAAAUACCCUCGAAAUGGUACCGACGAUCGGUCGGCGGACUGGAGGUCCUGUGCGGGUUGGCCAUGGUGCUCAUUCCUAGCCAUAAAAUAAAAAAUGCGGCUAACAUAACGCUCCUGCUGCUGAUGUUCCUGGCUGUCUACUCGCACUACAUGGUGAGCGAUCCGUUCGAACGGUCCGGACCAGCGCUCGUCUUCACCUUCAUGCUGAUCGGUCGGCUAGUGAUAUGGUAUCAGGCAAGCAGACGGGAAGCGGCCCUAGCAGCUGCCACACAGCCCACUGCCAAUGGACUAAAACAGGAAUAGGGUGGCUACCGUGUAUCCUGUCCGGCUACUGAUCUCAGUUCCCUAUGGACCGUAUGAAGGAGAGAGAGAGAGAGAGAAAGAGAGAAAUGGACAAAUUCUUCAUGCAACCAGCAAUGCAACUAAACCGGUACCCAAAGUACACAGAGACACGCAAAUGCACCCGGGAAGAUAGAACAAAAUGGAAUGUAUCGUGUAAGGAAUUUUUGCAAUCAACAACAGCGCAUCGUAAUGCGCUUUUAGUCCUCCGAACAAACCAACACAAGCGGUACGAAAUAGUAGACGGAAGAGGUUAUGGAAACGUACGGUAUGGUUUCAUUCUGGAGUUAAGAACACAAUCGCACGUACAUUACGAUCAUAAGCUGCCGAUUGGACGGGGUUUCCCUUUCGGAAAACAAACCGCAGGACAAACACACAAAACAACAACGAACCAUUAAACGCGACAAAUGCACUCGAAGGGAUAAUGUAACUCCGAACUACUUACUCUUGACAUCCUUUCACCAGAAGGAGGGUAGAACAUUUUUCUUUAGGGCAAACUACUCGAUCGUACGUUCCUCAAGAUGGGUUAGAAAACGAAAUUACCAUUAUUAUCGCGUUUCAGUUACGUUUCAUUUAAUCGGGUGAGGAUUCACGGUCAGCCUCUGUUCUGUUCUGCCGCAUGUAGACGAACUGUUGAGAAUAGUGAAGAAGACGGUUGUGGAGGGUAAAACGAAAAUGCGGUACUGUCUCUGCUUUUCUUUUCAAAUGUGAUCACAAUAAAAAAAAACAAAGAAACAAUUCUCUACACACAGUUUUAUGAUUUACUCCAAUUUGCGGAUGUUUUUUGUUACUUUAUCGAUUAAUAAACCAAGGUAUGAUCAACCUGUUUAUGUUCAAGCAGGAGGAUGAGUGCCAGUAUCGACUUAAGAAAAAAGGGUUUAUCCUUUUGUGUAUGUGUAUAUGGAUUGAUAAAACAUCUUUUUAAUACUAUAAUGGAACUUUUGUGUUAUGAAUUUCUUACUCGAAACGAUUCGAAUCCCCGAAUGCUCACAGGAGGGAAUUUUCUAAACAAAACACGCUGCCGUGCACACUGCUAAAGUUAUAUAAAGUGAAAAUUGUCACAUGGCAAGGGCACACGGCACAUCAAUUAUUCAUACAACACGCGUCUAGUUGAGCAUAAGGAACUGAACUUGUGGGGAAGAUCUUUUAGAGAGUCUUCACCUCAAUCUAUACCAUUCACUACCAGUAAGAUAAACAAAUGCACCUACACGUAGUUAUAACGAGGAAACGAAACAUAUGUUUUAAGACACCAGUAAUCGGUUUGCAAUACGGUAACUUACACUGACUUUCGAGCUCAAAUAAAGUGCUACCAAGUGCGCUUAGUGCGGUUCGAUAACUCCCUAGUUGAGCGCCAUAUGUUUAGCUGAUAAUGAGCAGUAUAAUUACGAUAGCUAACGGAUUAGAAACACCUGGUAGCGAUUUUCUUGAGCUCCUAAGGGGUGUACUAUACACGAGACGGCAAACUAAUCAUUUUAAAUCAUCGUAUCAACGGCAAACAAUCACAUUGCAUCUCUUCCGUAGUGUCAAAUGAGAUAACCCUCAGCAAAGAAGAAAGGUAUAUAAGUUCAAUACAAAUACCGUACCAUACAUAAAUGUGACUGGCGAGAGAAAAACAGGAGAACACAAACAAGAGAAUAAAAGGAGAAAUGCUAAAAAGCGA